AUGUUCGAGCAACUUGACUUCUCCAAGUUCUACAGUGCUAACACAGCUCAACGCGACAGCUUCUGUCAAAAUCUAGCUUCCAGUCUCCGACGGAAUGGAUUCGUGCGAUUAGUCAAUCAUGGCAUCUCAUCGGAAGAGAUAGACCGGGCAUUUGAAACGAGCCGCCACUUUUUUGAAUUGCCUCUAGAGCAAAAGCUCAAGUCUCCACAUCCUCCAACUGCAAAUCCGCACCGGGGCUAUACUGCCUUUGGAAUCGAGAAUGUAUCUGCAGCGUCCAACUAUGGGAGUUCUUCAAAGUUGCCUGUUCUCAACGAUAUGAAGGUCCCUUUCCCUUUCCUCGGUAUCCUUUCUCCUCUAUAUCUAAAUCUAAGUGAUAUUUUGCAGGAAUCCUACGACAUAGGCCACAAAAACGACGCACUCUACACCAACAUCUGGCCCCCAGCAGGCGUCCACGACGCAUUCCAACCAACCUUUACAUCCUUCUUCGCGUCGGCGUACAACGCCGAAAUAGCGAUUCUCCAAGCUCUUUCUAUAGGUCUGGGCCUUGCGCUGGAGACAUUGUCCCAGCUACACGUGGAAAAGGCGAAUGAACUGCGACUCACGCAUUACCCUGCCGUAUCUCGUGCAGAGUUCUCGCAUUCAACGCGAAUAGCGGCGCAUACGGAUUUUGGCACGAUUACGUUUUUGUUUCAGGAUUGUGUGGGAGGAUUGCAAAUGGAAUUUCCGCGUGGAAGUGGAAAGUUCGUCGAUGUAGAAAGUGGUGGUCCACAUGAAUGUAUCCUGAAUGUUGGAGACUGCCUCGAGAAGUGGACGGGUUUACCUAGUGCGCGACAUAGAGUGCAUUUACCUGAACGUUUGCAGCGAGCGGGAGGUCAGAAUGGCAACCGAGAGGGAAAUGAUGGUUUUCUCGUUGAGGAACGCUUUUCAAUUGCGUACUUCGCAAAACCGGAUCGUGCGGCGAGUCUGCGCCCACUACUAACACCACGAGGGGGAUUUGGACAUUCGGAAGAGGUGUAUAUGACUGCUGGAGAAUUUCAGCGUAUGCGAAUUUCGCAGACGUACUGA